CUAAUGAUUAGCAUAGACAGUUUGUGGAUUGAGUGCGUUUGUUCAGUUCUAGUAGUUGUUGCAUUGAAAGGUCAGAGAUUGAAGCUGUUUAGGGAUGGUGGACAGGCUGUUUGAGUGUCAAGUUACGAAGGAGUUGCAGACCGUUCGCCCAAGACUUUACAGCUGGCCACGGGUUUGGAGUGAUGUGCUGGUGAGCCGGGUGAGCAAGGAGAAAUGUCUGGAUAAGUCUACGAAGGAGUUUCAGACCGUUCGCCCAAGAUUUUUCAGCUGGCCACAGGUUUCGAGUGACAUGCUGGUGAGCAAGGAGAAAUGUCUGGAUAAAUCAGAGGAGUUUCUGACAGAUCCUUGGGGAUGGCAUGGAAGUUCUGAAUCAUUGUCAAGUGAACUACAAGAAGUGAACAUUCCAGGGGUGAGCUUGGAGAGGCAGGCAGAUGAUCUGGAGGAUUUUUUACAGAUUCGCCAGAUGCCUCUCCUUCAAAAGGGCCAUAUUCACCAGUUACUGCAGGAGUUGAAUGGUCAGACAGAGAUAAAGGCACAGGACAAUCUCUACAAUGCAGAGGAGUUUCUGAUGGAUACCUCGGAGACAGGCUUACUUUUUGAGUUAUUGUCAAGCAAGCCACAAUCAUCGAAUGAAGCAGGGGUGAGCUUGGAGAGGGAGGCAAAUAAUCUAGAUCAUUCAAAUGAGUUUCCGACAGAUUCCUCGAGACUACAUGGUAGUUCUAAGUCGAGCUGGUGGAAAGUGCUGACUGAUUCAGAUGACAGCUCAGAAGACAACGUGGAACAUGUGGAUGAAGCAAAUGAGUUUCCGACAGAUUCCUCGAGACUACAUGGUAGUUCUAAGUCGAGCUGGUGGAAAGUGCUGACUGAUUCAGAUGACAGCUCAGAAGACAACGUGGAACAUGUGGAUGAAGCAAAUGAGUUUCCGACAGAUUCCUCGAGACUACAUGGUAGUUCUAAGUCGAGCUGGUGGAAAGUGCUGACUGAUUCAGAUGACAGCUCAGAAGACAACGUGGAACAUGUGGAUGAAGUGGAUCUUCAAAUGAUUCCCUCUAUAUUGCACAUAAAGCCACAUGAACUGAGUGAUAUGGGGGUGAGAGAGAUAAAGAAUUAUCAUUUGGAUGAAGAUUCGAGUUGGGGGGAAGAGUCAACCGAUUCAGAGUUCGGCUCAGAUAGCAAGGAGGAACAUCUUGAUAAAUAUUUUUCAAAGCAGAAAUACCCGCACACUUCAUAUUCAAGGCAUCAUGCUGUUCACCGUUUAACUAUCAACCAGAAUGCCCUGGAAAGACUGAGGAGUCAUCUAUGUAUAUACAACCCUCCAAAAAACUGUGUGGACUGUAUAAACAUCUUGCUGUUUGGCAUGAUGGGUGCUGGUAAAUCAUCCACCAUUAAUACAUUUCUCUCAGCUCUGGAUCCAGAUGGAAGAACGAUAAACUGUGUCCCAACUGGACAGCAUCCUGACUCACUCACACUCGAGCUGAAGUCCUACAAGUCAAACUCGUUGAAGUUUUGGGACACAACCGGUUGGAACUCAUUCGAUGAUGCAGUUAAGGCAAAGGAAGUGUUAAGGAUGAUCCUGGAAGGAAGGGUGCCACCAGGAACCAAUUUGAAGGAUUUCAAUCCUGAUUCAGAUGAUGCUCAAAAUCCAGUCAUUCUGAAAAAUGUAAUCCAUGGAGUUGCAUUUGUUUUUAACACCUUUACCAUAGACAACGUUGGUCUGGAUUUAUUGAAGCAGCUUCAGGAUCUACAUACCUUUGUUGCACAGAAAAAUAUUUACAAGAUUGUGAUUGGGACGAACUUUGAUCGAUUAAGGAUACCCAAGAAAAGUUAUGAUCGUAUUUAUGCAAACCAAAAACUAAAACGCAAGUUUGCAAAGUUGUCAGAUCAUACUGGAAUGAAAAAAUGCACCAUGUUUGUCGUUUCGAAUGAGUGGAAAGGUGAUAAGAUUGAGAAGACAAAAUGUGUUCUUGCUUUGUAUGCACUGAAAAAUAUGGUCAAAAACAUCUUAAAAGCUUAAAAGACAAACUUGA